CACGAACGUGUGCUUUGUAUUUUGAAUCCUGGAAGUGAAUGCACAUAAUAGGCGGCGGCAGCGGCGGAGGGCAUGUGCACGUGGGUGGACGGACAACACCUAGCAUUGGUGCCCGCUCGCCAACCGCCCGCCCGAACACGCACGUCACGGCACGGCACGUCACGGCACGGCACGGCACGGCACGGCACGCCUGGUGUUAACUUUGAGCUUUUCUAAUUGAGUCGCACACUUAUUUUUGGAGUGGAGGAGAGCCCGCCCCAUUUGUCUGGACCGUCAGCGAUACUGAAGCAAGAUCUUUUAAAUCAUCCCUUUAGGUAAAGUAAAUAGUAAAGUCACGUACUGUACUGUACUGUACUGUAUUGUCGUCAAGUAAAGAAAUCGCGUAGGCUAACCCGCUAAUUGGUAUAGACGCUCAUUAGCUCGUCACGUGACAUGCUUAGUGUACUUUGCAAUCUUGAUUAAAAUGGGUGUUUUUUUACUUCAUAAUAGCUUAGAACUCUAAUAAAGACGUAUUUUCAGACUCAUUGGCGUCACCGCCAUGUUGAAUGGGGUAGGUAUAGUCGAGAGAAGGUUUUUGCACUUAGCCAAGAAUGAACGGGAUUGCCUUUCUCAGGUAAGGCUAAACAACAAUGACUUUUGGUUAUCAUGACAAAACAAUUGGAAUAGCAUUUACGGACGUCUUGGCGAAUAUACUACAUCACAGGAGACAGUAGCUUUGCUGCCUUUUCUUCUCAGGUCUUUGGGAAAGUUGCCUAGUAUGACCAAAUGUAGCCAUGGAACUAACAAAUAUAAGAAUCGUUACGUUUGGCCAUCCUUUUGGCACAAUUCAAGUUAUUAUUCUUAUUUGAAUGACUCGUGCGUUUUCCCCAACUGCUCUGCUCCGCUCUGCUCUGCUCUUUCACCUCCAAGGUAGGUGAUGGAGGUUGGCGCAAGUUCGCUGCUCUAUGAGCUACUGGCAGAGAUUGGCCAGGGCUCCUUCGGCAAGGUGUACAAGGCCAGGGCAGUGGGCGAGGGAGGGCGACUCCUGGCAGUGAAGAAGUUCCACUUCUGCAGCCAGUCGUCGGCGGACGACAACGGCAUCCCUUCCUAUAUCCUCCGUGAGGUUGCCCUGCUGGAUAGGAUGAAGUACUUCCAACAUAGCAACGUCGUCAAGUUGUUAGAUGUGACGGCCACGCUGGCGGGCAACGUGUUGGACCUCACUUUGGUGUUGGAGUACAUCGACCAGGACCUGUCCACCUAUUUGUCCAAAGCCCCUCCGUCUGGCCUCGGCCGGGACAACAUCAGGUUGUUGAUGCUGCAGGUGAUGCGUGGCCUGGACUUUCUACAUGUCAAUAUGGUGCUGCACCGCGACCUCAAACCGGCCAACAUCCUGGUCAGCAGCUGCGGCCUGGUCAAGAUCGCUGACUUUGGCAUGUCUCGCUUGUACACCUUUAACACUGCCCUCUCGCCAAAUGUUGUCACCUUGUGGUAUCGAGCUCCGGAACUACUGCUCAAAUCCUCUUACAUGACAUCCGUGGACGUGUGGAGCGCGGGCUGCGUCUUCGCCGAGCUCUUCUUGCUCAAGCCGCUCUUCGACGGAAUCAGCGAGGCGCAGCAGCUGCGAAUGAUCUUUGAGUUCAUCGGCUUGCCGAGCCAGGACGAAUGGCCCGAGAGCAGCCCCGUCAGCUACUCGCUCCACUUUGGACCCAAGAAUCCCAGUCCCCGCCUGCUGUUCCGCAUGGACCCUUAUGGGAGAGACCUGCUUCUGCAAUGUUUGACCUUCGCGCCGAGCAGACGCAUCUCGGCCGCCGCGGCCCUCGCUCACCCCUUCUUCAACCAGCACUGAGGGAAAGUAUUGACUCCAUUCCAUGUUGUUGUGACACAUUGCCAAAAGUAUGAUGAGCGCCUUAACAUUUGUAGGACACUUUUUGUUUUUGCUUUGAUCCGUGCUACGUGUAAAAAGGCAGCGCUUUCUUUAGUUGUUCAAAUCUGACCGCGUUCCAACCCUGAUCACUGUCACCACAGGUUUUUGUAUUUGCCUUUCCAACCGUUACUAAUCACUGCCUUUUGAUGACUUGUCACCUUCAAGCAGAUAAACAUUGAUGAUUAAAGGAAAUAUUUCUUGCCAACCAAGCGUCUUAAUAACACCGAUCAAGAAUGACUGAGGAAGGGCACCUUUGCAAAAGUGACAGAGAACAAAAUUGCUGGCGGGCAGGCACAAACUAAGAUAUGGCCAAAUCUGCCCACCCGGGCGCCAUGUCACGUCGCCAUGGAAACGUUUGUGUUGAUUGCUUUCGUAUCCAGUGAGAAAAAAAGCAGGCAUCUUUCAUUCACCAAAUUGGAAGAUUGAUUCAAUGAUCGACUCGCAUCACCUUUCGUUAAAAAAAUGCUUUCGACUUUUUGAUAGGAACAUUUCAGUUAGCCGUCAGUUGGCACUUUUUCAUCCCGACUGUCUUUAAAGGCAACACCGCCAGUUCCCAAGACCUCCGUUGCUGUUUUGCCAACUCUUUGCCCUCUUUGGAGUAUGGAUCCGGACAUAGCACGGGUUG